UGAGUGAAGCGAGUGAAGAGGAAAGCGCGGGAGAUAGGGCCUUGGCGUCAGAGCAUAUUGCUUUGAUUUUGAUAUCGCUGAUCUGCGCGACAAGUAUGAUGAUAAAGGAGGCACUUCGGCUGUGGGAGGAGAAGACUGGCAAAAAGGCAGCUGAAUCCGCCGAGGUCAAGCUGAACGGCAUGUUCCCCUCGAUCGAGAAGAUGGACUCGGCGCUCAAUCAGCUCGUCUGCUGCCAGAAACUGUCGCUUUCAACCAACGCCAUUGAAAAAAUUGCAAACCUGAAUGCCCUCAAGAACCUGAAGAUACUCUCCUUGGGACGGAAUUGCAUCAAAAGUUUUACUGGCCUAGAGGUCGUUGCUGAUACAUUGGAAGAACUCUGGAUCUCUUACAAUAAUAUAGAACGAAUGAAAGGGAUCAACGCACUUAGAAAACUUGCUGUCUUGUACAUGUCAAAUAACAUCGUCAAAGAUUGGUCGGAGUUCACAAAGCUGAACGAGCUGCCGAAUUUGGUCGACCUUGUCUUUGUGGGGAACCCGCUGGAGGAGAGGUACGCAGCGGAGGGUACCUGGCGAGAAGAGGCCAUCAAGAGGCUACCCAGCAUCAAGCGCCUGGAUGGGGCUCCAGUUAUAAUGCACUGAUCCGACCCACGACACGUUGGAUUCAUGGAAGACAUCUCUGACAGUACUUUACUUUUCAUAUGCAAGGGACGCUUCACUGAACGUCAGAUGGUGAACGUUUAGGUAAACAUAGAUGAGCGUUUCAUUUGCAAUGUGUUUUAUUUACUCGAUGUCGAGACUAUUGUGUUCUUUGUUAUUUAAAUCUCUCAGGUCGCUUAUUGAAGAAAUGUUUUAACUACGUAGUUGGGAGCUUUAGAACACGAAGUGAGUUGGCUCGUCGUUCAGGUUGUCUUGUGGAAUGCGGUACGUUAUAUCGAAAGUACAUACCUACCACUUUUUGAUGUUGUGCUUAUGCCUCCUUCGAUUUCAGCAAAGCUUUUGAAGACGACCAAUUUUGAGACGGUGGAAUGUCCCUAGACUUGCCGAAUGUAUUAUGAUUUAUGAAGGCCGCUGCAGAGUCGAAUUUAUUAUUUGUCACAUCUGUACCAUUUGCUAUUGUAUUUGACCAUGACGCCGAUAUAUAAUGCCAUAAAAUGUGCCGUUCAGCUGUUUGACAAUCCACGCGCAGUUCGAUCUAUAUAUUGCGAAGGCAUGUGAAUGAAGCUGAACGCAUCUGUAGACGGUCACCCCGAAUGAAAUACAUUGUGUUCAUUGUAA